GAGACAACCAUCGAUUGAGGUCAAAAUGAGUGCCCAAAACCUCUACAAGUGCAUGUUGUGCAAAAAACGCCAUGCCCUCAGAUACUGCCCAAUUUUCAUCCAGAUGACGGUGGAGGACAGGAGGGUAGUAGUUCGACAGCACAACUACUGCCGAAAUUGUCUGGCGAAAAGCCACACAAUUGAUGACUGCCAGUCGGCAGAUACUUGUCGAAAAUGUGGGUUUCGGCAUCACACCAUGCUGCACCCACGAAAACUCACCUUCAACUCCAGCAGCUCUACCAUCACCACCAAAUCGACCUCAUCAAGACAACAACCCCAAAAGAAACCACCAACUUUAGCACGGCCUCGACGACAACAAUCAACAUCAACUCCGGCCCAACGCAAACAACCAGCUAAAUCACGCCUUGGCCAACGUCAACACACAGCCUCAGCUGGUCAACAACAGCGACAACCCAAAAAACGCUACAGGUCUCAGAGUCAAAGAGGCCGCCUGCCACCAAAGCCAAGACCUCAGCAAAAGCCAAGACCUCAACAGAAGCCAAAGCCACAGAAAGCCAAAAAAGAACGCUCAGCAGCCCCUCAACCGAAUUACUUGAUACUGUCAGAGGCUAUAAAGUCCUUGGCGACCGUACUUUGCGCUUCCUCAUCAAAUUUUGCGUAACCGCAAGGCCGGCGCCAUGGACAAAUUUGCAUUUGUCCCUUAAAAAUUAAGAACAUAUCGUAGAAUAAGUUGUAUGAAUUAUUGAAUUGUAUUGUGAAUUGAUAUGAAUUGUCUAGCGUAUAAGAGAUCCUUUUUUGCCAUCCGUACUAGAUUGUAAGACUAUUGUGAAUUGUUAGUUAUAAGCCUUUUAGUACUGCAGCUCACUU